AUGAUAAUUGAGAUUUUGUCUAAUAAUGAUGGAUACAUUUAUCUACAAAAAGAUGAUAAUACUAAUAUAAGACAUUAUAAAGAUAAAAUAGUAUCACAUGAAAUUAUUGAUUCUAUUAAUAUUUAUGCAGUAAAAGACUUAUGUAAUACUAUUAAUUUAUCAGAUAGUGAUAAUUCCAUGCUAGAAUUUAAAUGUAAACAUGGAAUAAAUAUUCAGUACUCUAGUCUCAAUCUUUUGCCUUCUGAAAAUUGGCAUGAACUUAUUGACUGCUGGUCAUGUCAUGAUAACGAAUUUGCAAAUGUUAAAAAUCUUAGAAUAAAAGUUAGGCCUAAUGGUAUACUUUUAUCAUCAUUUUUUAUUCUAAUAAACUCUUGUGAUCUACCUAUUUGUUGUCAGGUACAAGAACCGACGCAUGUAAAAAAAAUAUGGUUAAAUAAUUUACAAGGUGUAAAUCAUAAAAAACUUAUUUUUUUUUAUCUUGCCACUUAUUUUAAUUCUAAUAGUGUAUAUAUUUUCCAAUAUGAAGGAAAAAUUUAUGAAAUAAAACUUUUCUACACUUGUAAAUGUUUAAUCUAUGAAGAUAAAAAAUAUUUUAAUGUAAUGAAAAUUGGCAUAAAAGAGAAACAUAACAUAUAUUUUGAUGAUACAAAAAUGAAAGAAACUAUAAAUGAAUACUACAUUAAAUUAAUAUAUGAAAGUAUUUUACAUAUAAACAUAAAAAUUUUAGAUUAUCAAACAGGAUUCAUUUAUUAUUAA